GCGAAGAACCCGGAACCUUCUAAAACAGAUUUGUUUCCAGUCUGACAUUAUUAUGGUAGCGGUAGAACAAGUCGCAUGUGUACUGCGAAGAAGCUAGAAGUACUCCACUGAUGCCUAAGAAAGGGAACCCAGCUGCAGCGGAGGGGGAGGAGGUCCCCUCAAAGCAGAGGAAAACUGACCCCAACGGCGUGCCUCCUCCCCUCAGUUUCACCAGCCCCACCAGCCUGUUUGAGAGCCUGAUCGCACCCCUGGGCCUGCAGGAGUUCUUCCAGGAGUACUGGGAAAAGAAGCCCCUGCACCUCCAGAGGUCAGACCCUGGACUGGCCACCUACUACCGGUCACUCUUCCAACUCUCUGACCUGAAGGCACUGUGCGCACAGGGUAUUGAGUAUGACAGGGACGUCAUCCUGUGCCGAUGUGUCAACGGCAAGAAGAAGGUGAUAAGCAAGCAGGGCCGUGUAAACCACAGCCACCUGAAGAAAGAUUUUGACCAGAAGAAAGUUACUAUACAGUUCCACCAGCCACAGAGGUUCCAGGACGAGCUGUGGCAGAUCCAGGAGAAGCUUGAGUGUUUCUUCGGCGCCCUGGUUGGGUCAAACGUAUACAUCACACCGCAGGGGUCCCAGGGGCUUCCGCCUCAUUACGACGAUGUUGAGGUCUUCGUCCUGCAGCUGGAGGGGGAGAAACACUGGCGUCUCUAUCAGCCCACAGUUCCCCUGGCCCGUGAAUACAGCCUGGAGCCAGAGGAGCGGAUUGGCAGUCCCACUCAUGACAUCACACUUAAGGCAGGAGAUCUGCUUUAUUUUCCCAGAGGAACGAUCCACCAGGCUGACACGCCAGUGGGGGUGGAUCACUCCACCCAUCUUACCAUCAGCACCUACCAGAAGACGUCAUGGGGGGACUUCCUGCUGGACGUAUUUCCCAGCUUCCUGUUUGAUUCGAUGAAGAGUGACAUCACCAUGAGAGCGGGCCUGCCCAGGAAGCUCCUAACGUUUGCCAGCCCGCCCCCUGGCACUACCAAGCAGCUGUGCUCCUUCAUGAGAGACCUGGCGGACAAGAUGGAGCAGGGGCAGCUGGAGCCGCGCUCCGCGGGCAUGAAGCGGGACUUUGUUUCCAGCAGGCUGCCCCCGUUCCUGCAGGACGACUCGGCCGCCACGCCAGCUGGAAAGAUGCCUGCGCUUGGAGACCUUGUGUGUAUGAGGUUUACAGACCACAUCCUGGUGACGGUGGAGCCCAGCGAGGACAGAACCGACGAGGCCGUAGCUGAGCUGGUGGUUUUCCUCUUGCACUCCCUGAGCAAUAGCAGGGAGACGCACAUGAUGGGAAAUGAGGGUGAAGAGGAAGAGGAAGAGAAACAGGGGAGUCAGGGCCUGCGCUUUGCUCUCUCGCACCUCCCUGCCCUCAAGCAGCUGCUGAGUGGAGAGCGCCACCUCGUGGCCGAUCUACAGCUGGAGCAGGACGCUGACAAGCUCAACCUGGCCCUCUCUCUCUGGAGUGAGGGGCUCCUGACGGUCUGUUAGCAGGACAGGAGACUCAUAGCGAACCAUUGGCUCUCAUUCGUAAAUUAUUAAAAACACAUCAAGGUUCUACAAA